AUGUUCAACUUUGAUGCCUCUUGCUCCUCUGAAGAAGAAUCAUCCUCCGAAACGAUGCUCGCAAGAGAUUGGGGUUCAACAGAAAAAUUGGAUUAUUUUCAAUAUUCAACUGAUGAUUUUGUAGCUGAUAUACUCGCAUAUUCUAAUCCAGAAAGAUCAUUGGAAGCUCCUUCUAAGGGUGACACUUUGACAUUACUUCCUCAAGGUGAAUCUUUGAAAGCUAUUCCUGAAGCUGUGAAAUUGCAAGACGAAGACCAAGAAAUGGAUUUGGCAGUAAAAAAAUCACUUCAUGAUCUUUUUGGGAUCUCUGAUGAGGACCCAUCAUUUUUUGAAAAAUUUCCAGCCUCAAAUAUUACUGGUUUAUCUCAAGACAGCUCAUCUCCAGAUGAGCUUCUAGUAUCUUUACUUGGUUCUCAUUCAGAAAACUUGCUUGAAGGAAAUGAGAGCUCUGGAUCCUCGAAUGAUAGGCAAACCUCCUUGCCUUUUGGAUGCGACAACCAAAAUAAUUUAUUUGAGAGUUUCGAGAAUGCUUUGGCCCAGUUACCACCGGAAGUCCAAGAAGAUUUAGCUUCGAGCGCCAUUUCCUCAGGACUCGUCAAUAAUGAAGACGUACCAAUGAUUGAUAUCUUUGAUACCCAGGAAGACCCUUGCUCAACAUCAGCACAAGUAGAAAUGAAUAUCCAAAAUCAGUCAGGCUCACCAUCAAAGAAGCAUUCUAGAGCCUGUAGCGAUGAUAGUAACGGCAACUCAAGAAGUCGCCGCAGUACUUCUGAUAAUGAAUUAGAAAAAAUCCGUAAUGCUGUUAGCGUUCAAGAGAAUUUCAUUGCAAACAUUGCCAGAGAGUAUCAUCAGCAACACCCAGUCCCUGACGUGGUCCCAGGCUCUCCCAGAAGUAUUGAGUUCUAUUCCAAAUCUGAACCAGAACACUUCAAAGAAAUAUGUUUAGGACAAUUCCCAGAUCAAUUUCUCGCAACCUUCUUUUCAGAAUACGAUUUGCUCUAUAGGGAACACCAAUAUGGUAUCAACUCAGAUGAUUACUACGGAAUGGUGGUUGCUCUUGAAUUUGCUUUGAAGUGUGAUAAUUUGUUUUCCAAAUUACAGUACACUCAAACCAUGGGUACCAAUGGGAAAACGGUUUCUGAAGAAAGAAAUGCCUUCUUCGAUCAGCACCGAUAUUUUAAGGGUACCAAAAAAUGUGGUAAGCUUUACGUCUACGAUAACAUAUCAAGGGAAAAGCUUGCCAACAUUCUUGGGUUGGACCAAACAGUAGUGGCAUCCAUUGAAUUGAUCAUCGAGGAGAUCGCCAAUAGAUUGGAUAUUUUGAUUAAUGGUGAAAGAGUUUCUAGAGUCACUACUCAGUUGAUUUAUCUUAAUGGUGGGAAGCCAACAAAGGAAACUUGGAACAAAAAACCAAUCGAAGUCCAACAGCGACUUUAUGCUGUUGUGAAGAGAUCAUUGUGGAAUAGUUUUGCAUUCAAAGGUAAAGUGGUGGAACUUUUUGUGAAGAAGAUUGCAUGUACCGUUGCUCAAAACAAUUUUAAAAGAUUGAAGAAGACAAAAGGGACAAGAAAAAACGCUCUCAAUAUAAAUUAUAGAAAGAAUCUUGUUAAGGGAAAAGCCUCCAAGAGCCUAGACAGAAUGGUUUAUUAA